AUAUACUAUUUUAUUUGACCCAUUAGUGGAUGAAUACAAUUUGAUUUUCUUUCUUAGUUUCUCAUCUUCUUCUACCUCACAAAACAAUAACACAAUUUCCCUUUCAUUCCAUCACAGUUUUGCAAAAACUGAGCCUAUGAACUGUGCAGUGUGUGUUUGAUGCUUUUUGAUGCGCCAACACCUCAACCUUAAGUUGGGGGAACACAAUUAGGUGAGUUUUGCGCGCCAGGAUGACUUUAGUUUAAUCAGAUCUAUCCGAUCAUUCCAACAAUCCAGAUCAUGCCACGUGUCAGAACAGUAAAGUAAAACAUGAAGAAAUCAGAAUAGUAAAGUAAAAUAGAUGACCCGCGAACCAUUCCAAAGUGCCUAAUCGACAUCUCGUGGUGUUCGCCGUCGCCGUCGCCGCCUCUCUUGGUGUCGCCGGUGUUCAGAACGCCAUCCUCAAAACAAUAACAAAACUGAGUGGUGUUCAGUGACACUGCCAAAAUCACUCUCAUGUCGAUAUCCACCGAAGGCGAAGCCACUCAGUUUCGGGAUUCUCAAGCUCACAAUAAACUUCAAACUAUUCUCCAAUCAUACCCUAAAUUGGCUGAAGUUGGACAUUCUCAUGAGUCUGAAAAUACCAUCUUGGAGAUUGUCAGUUUUCUUGAUUCUUUAUUGGAUGCUACUCUGUCCGAUCCGGAUAAUGAACAUAAAGAGAACAAUGCAUUUGAAGCUUUGUCUGAGAUUCAUGGAUACAUUUGUUCCCAGUCUCUUGACCAGGAAGUUGUUGAUGCUCUUUCCUUUGAACUGCCAAAGGCUGUUUCGAAAUUUGCUGGCAUUUCAAGAAAUUUUUUGGACAUGGCAAUUAGCAUCAUUGAUCAGUUUAUAGUGAAAUGCGGUCCAAGGGAUAUGCUUUCCAUUCUCUGUGAUACAUUAGGUUACUCGAGUAAGGUGACCAGCACUGCCAGUUACAUUGUCCCUCCUUUAUCAGGGCUCUCAAAGGUACUUAUCUCCAUCCGGAGGCGUCAGUUUCAGCAAGUAAAAGUAGCCGUUCCUGUGAUUCUUAAUGUAUUGAAGGCUGUAUGUUUGGAGUCAGAUGAAGAAGAGCUUGAUAAUGUCUUUGACAGAGCUAUUGAGAUUGCAAAUUCUAUAUAUGAAGUUUGCAAUAAGUUGGUGGAUAAUGUUGCAAGGGAGAAGCUCCGAGCUCUUCUUGGUCUAUAUGUCCUGCAAUGCUUGGCUCUUGUUUCAGCUAGGGAUACAACUUCUGGUUGUCAUGCAUUAGUAUUACAACUGUCACGAAUUUCAUCAUAUUGUGGCUUAUCUUAUCUCAGUCUAGUAACAACUUAUGACGUGGAGGCUGUGGCUAUCACUGUUUUUGGAGAAAAUAAAGAUGAUUGUAUGGGUUGUUUAUCUCAUGUCAAGCAUGGUGCCGCUCUUUCAGUGGUUUGGGGGCAUGUCUCGGAGGAGGUUGCCCAUGCUGCAAAAGAAGAUAUGAUUGCUGUCAAGGAUGAGCUUCGUAAAUACCAGAUCAAAAGGUGGCAUGCAAUAGGAACAUUAAAACAUGCACUUUCCUUUGUAAAUCUGCCAUGGGAGUUAAAGAAACAUACUAUCAACUUCUUGCAUUGCAUCACAGAUGGAGAUAUCUGUGGAAACUGCGAUGAUGAACAUUCCCAGUGGCCAUCUUAUCUGCCGAAUAUUUUCUCAGCUCUGCAGGCUGUUACAAUGGUUAUUAUGUAUGCGCCAGACCCAGAACUUAGAAAAAAUUCCUUUGCUGUAUUAAAAGGAGUACUUGCUGAUAUUCCAAUUUCUGAAAGGCUUGACAUCUUGAAAGCGUUGAUUACAAAUGCCAACUCUUCCUCCAUGAUUGCUAUUUUACUGGAUCUUGUACGGAGGGAAAUGCACACCGAAAUCCACAGUAGUAUGUCCGUAGAAAAAGGUGUCCAACAGAUUAAUCACGAAGCACAUCCAAAUAUAUCAUUUUGGAGUCCCAGUGUCCUUGAGUUGGUAGGGUCAGUUCUAAGACCUCCACAGGGAGGACCUCCUUCCCUACCAGAGCAGAGUGAUGCGGUGUUGUCAGCUCUCAACCUAUACAGAUUUGUAUUAAUGACAGAAUCUACAGGAAAGACGAACUACACUGGAGUCUUGUCGAGGAGCAGUUUACUCAAGGCUUACAAUGAAUGGCUGCUUCCUUUCCGUACCCUAGUGACAGGUAUAAUGGCAGAGAACAAGAGUGAUUAUGAUGAGCUUGCGGUUGACAUUGUAUGCACCCUAAAUCCGCUUGAAUUAGUGUUAUAUCGGUGCAUUGAGCUUGUAGAAGAGAAGCUAAAGCAAGUCAAAUAAGCUGUCUUCUUGACCAAAGUAUCUUCGAAAUAUAUUUUUGGUACAUGUCAGUUUUGAAAUAUUAAAUGAUUAAUCAUCUCAAGGAUUUAGCAUAUAGUUUCAAUUGCAGAUGCUGUAAAAACGAGCACAUCAUUUUUUUUUUGUGCUUUGAAUUUACACUUGUGUUUUUUAGGAGUUCGUCUUUGUGUGACGUAGCGUAUAGCAGCAAUAGGCGCCAAACUUUUCACCGAAGUCAGUAAAAUAUUUGAAAAGGCCACUGAAUGUGGAUUAUUAGUAAUGAAGAGUUGCUUAGUUUAAGGGGACCAUAGUAAUCAUAUUAUUAUAUGCUGUUAUUCCUCAAGGUGUCACUAUUGGCUAUCCUAACCAAGUCUGCAAGUUCACCAAAAGCUUGUAUCUUAAGGAAGCCAACAUACAGCGGUUUGCUAAGCUUUUCACUUCCUUGUUGUCCCACGGUCACAGAUAUAGAGCCUUAGCUUCCAUAGUCUGUGAAUUGCAAUGUUUCAUGUACUUAUCUAUAUCCAUGGUGAUCAUUAAUAUCUAUUAUUAUCCUACUUUCAAGGGUAUUAUUGGACCUUA